UAUGAUGUCAGACUGUCCAUCCAAUUUAAUCGGACUAAAAACAACAACAAGAAAUUGGUUCAGUUCAGACAGACGGAGAGAGAAAGGACAUUCGGACUGGCCAGUGAAGAAGACCAACCAAUACAACUGUGUCAAACAGUUUCUUGGCAACGCGAGCGUCCAGUCCACUCCGGCCCGUCAACAACAGGACCGUUUUAAGGAUGUUGCCGUGCCGCUCCCUCCCUCUGUCUAUUCUCUUGCUCCUCCUGGUUGUUGCGGAGGCGGGCCUGUGCGUUGCUGUCACGACCCAGCUGCACGGUGGCUUCCGUGGCUGCGCGGUGCGGGAUUUUUCCUUCGUGGCCCAGAAGCCGGGAUGCAGGAACCUCCGCAUCGAGACGGAGGCCUGCUGGGGCCGCUGCCAUACCUGGGAGAAGCCGCUCCCAGAGCCCCCCUACGUCCAGCGGCAUCACCGUGUGUGUUCCUACGGUCGUACUCGCUACCUGACGGUCCGUCUGCCAGGCUGCCAGCCCCACGUCUCUCCGCUCUACCCCUACCCCCUCGCUCUGCAGUGUCACUGCGCCGUCUGUUCCACACAGGAUACGGAGUGUGAGACGUUCUGAUACCAACUUCUGUGUGUGUGUGUGAAAAGAUUUACGGUUGAUUUAAGCAAUGAGGCCCGAGGGGUUGUGGUAUAUGGACAAUAUACCACUGGCUAAGGGCUGGACACAGCUCUUAGCCGUGGUAUAUUGGCCAUAUACCACAAACGCCCUGAGGUGCCUUAUUGCUAUUAUAAAUUGGUUACCAACACAAUUAGAACAGUAAAAAUACAUGUUUUGUCAUACCUGUGUUAUACGGUUUGAUAUACCACGGCUGUCCGCCAAUCAGCAUUCAGGGCUCAAAUCACCCAGUUUUAUAAAAUGCUUUAUACCACUGUAAUAUGACACAG